AUGGAUGACAAUGCCGAGCUCGAGUCCUUCCGCCGCCAGUGGCGUGAAGAGGUUGCUCGUCGAUCAAAACCCACAGCCUCUGAUGAUGCUGCGCCCUCGAUCACAUCUCCGACCCGGUCGCUCGCGACUCGGCAUCCGCCAACGCGCCAUGUCGCCUCAGAACGCAAGGACUUGGAGGAGGAGGGGCCUGCGCCGGCCUCAUUUGACCCGGAGGAGCUCGCCCAGCAGGUUGGGGAGCUAAGUGUGGCCCCAGAGGAAGACGAGGAGGAAGAUGCUUUCACCCGUCGGGCACAACUGGAGCCCAACUCAGCUUUGGAGCACUUUGAGCGGGCCGUCGAGAAGGAAGCUGCGGGCAACUUGGGCGAUAGUCUUCAGCACUACCGCAAGGCAUAUCGGCUGGACGCCGGUGUCGAUAAAGCCUAUCGUAACAAACACUUCGCCCAUGUAUGGAAGAAACCUGCCCAGCCUGGGCCAGCUGGACCUGCAGCUGCCGUACCCGUGACUGCCCCUGCGCCUGCAGAAGCCGAGGUCAUUCCAACGCUGGAACUGAUCGAGUCCUUUGCCCACCUUCCUAUCCCCCGUGCAGACCCCAUCAUCGAAGGCACUGCUCCGCCGCCGUGUCCGAUCGCGAAUGUUCCGUCCGAGGUAUUAGUCGAGAUCCUACGACAUAUCGCCCUGCGGGACCCAGCGACUUUUGGCCGGAUGGCAUUGGUAUGCAAGCGACUCGCAUAUCAUUUUGCACACGAGCAGCAUAUUUGGCGACGGAUCUGCCAACGGCCAGAGUUUGGAUUCCAUGGGAUGCACUACGCCUUCGUCUGCGAUACUCUCGGGCGUCCUAUCUACACGCUGGACGGUCAACGGUACACGCCAUUCCCGACAGAGGUGCCUGCAGAGAUUCCCAAGCCACUGUCUUCAUGGAGUCAAGUGUUCCAGUCCUACCCGCGCAUUCGCUUCACUGGUAUCUACAUCAGCACUGUCAACUACACACGGCCUGGAGCCACGUCCUCUUUUCAGAACGUGUCAUGGAAUAGUCCCAUCCACAUUGUGACCUACUACCGUUACCUGCGCUUCUAUCCGGAUGGAUCCGUGGUUUCCCUCCUCUCCACGACCGAGCCCGUGGAUGUAGUCCCGCACAUCAGCAAGGAGAACAUCAUGGCUGCGCGCGUCCCUUCCCACAGACAGCACCAACGCCAGACUUCGGACCACGGCCAAUCAAUAUCUGGGGCCACUGAACCUAUCCCGCCAGUGGCGAUGAACGCCCUGAAACAUGGCCUUCGUGGUCGCUGGCGUCUGACACGUCCCGUCGACGUCUCGGAUAGAGCACCGGAGCAACAAAAGACCUCUUCCCUCCCCAACCAGUCCCCGGAGUCCUUGGACCCCCGUGAUGUGAUCGUCGAAACCGAGGGCGUGGACCCGAAGUACGUGUACACAAUGCACCUCUCCCUGCGAUCUCCGUCGUCAUCCAAGGCGCAUUUGAACCCAUCGCGGAACACCAAACUGGUUUGGCGCGGCUUCUGGAGUUACAACAAGAUCACGGAUGACUGGGGGGAGUUUGGGCUGCGAAACGACCGGGCGUAUGUUUUCCGACGGGUCCGCGGCUGGGGCCUAGGAUGA